AUGGCCCUUGAGCUCCUCAUGGCAACAGUCGCCGCUGCCCCGGUAGCCUUGCCCGGCUGCCCGGAGGCCUGUGGCAGCGUCACCGUCCCCUACCCUUUUGGCUUCCGGCAAGGCUGCUUUCACAAGGGCUUCAACCUCACCUGCGACGAGACGGGCCAUCCGCCGAAGCUGUUCCUGCAUGACGACGUGGAAGUGGACGCCAUCUCACUGGUGGGCGGCACGGUGCGUGUCCAGAGCAAGAUCGUGAACGGCGAGUGGGACUACAGGAACGUGCCACACCAAGCGCUUAACCCAAACAGGAGCGUUCGGUCUGGGAAGCCAUAUAUCGGCUACGACGGCUCGUGGUCUGGCGGCCUAACGGUGUCGACCGAGCACAACGUCUUCGUGGCCAUUGGAUGCAACUUCAUCGGCUACCUCGCUGCGGGCAGUGACCGGGGUCCCGUGUACGUCAGCGCAUGCGCCGCGCUGUGCGACACGGGUUAUCCGCCGCCCGGGGACACCUCGUGCUCGGGCGUCGGCUGCUGCCGGACGACCAUCUCGCAGGGUUUGCCAGCGUACGGGGUGCAGCUCAAGGAUUUGAACCAGACGGAGGCCGCGUACGCAGGCAAAGGCAAACCCGUCAGUUCACGCCUUUUGUCCGGGGCCGCGUUCAUAGUCGAUCGCGAGUGGUUCACCGGGACUAACGUAGGCGCCAUGCAGAAUAACACUUUCGGUGAUUUCGGAAGCGCGUAUCGAUCUCGUCGGAGCAGUCCCAAGGUGACCAGGGUACCCACCGUGCUGGAAUGGUGGCUGGAUGUAAAAAAUAUCGAUGAGUGCCAACAGCCGGUUUAUCCAUGCGUGCAUGCGACCUGCAUUAAUAUGCCGGGUACAUACCGAUGUGCAACAAAGAAACGUAUCAUCAGCCUCCCAGGUUUAAUUACCAUAAUUGCAAUAAGUGCUGGUUUUGGGUUACUGUUUUCACUUUUGGGUGUUGCCAAAAUCACUAAUAAACUCAAGCAACGCAGAGCCAAAAAGUUGAGACAAAGAUUCUUCAAGAAAAAUCAUGGAUUGCUUCUACAACAGUUAAUCUCUUCAAACAACGAUAUGGCUGAAAGAACAAGAAUUUUUAGCUUGGAAGAACUGGAGCAAGCAACCAACAAAUUUGAUCAUAAUCGCAUCCUUGGUGGCGGUGGCCAUGGCACGGUGUACAAAGGCAUCUUAUCUGAUCAACGUAUUGUGGCCAUCAAGAAGGCCAAAAUUAUUGUACAAAGGGAAAUCGACCAGUUCAUCAACGAGGUUGUCAUACUUUCACAGACAAACCAUAGGAAUGUGGUGAAGCUUUUGGGUUGCUGCCUCGAGACAGAAGUUCCUCUACUUGUUUACGAAUUCAUAUCAAAUGGAGCUCUUUCAUUUCAUCUCCAUGGCCAAAGUGAGAACCCAUUAUCAUGGAAAGAUAGGUUGAGGAUUGCACUAGAAACUGCAAGGGCCAUUGCAUAUCUACACUCUGCUGCUUCAAUAUCAGUAUACCAUAGAGAUAUCAAAUGUGCAAAUAUACUACUUACUGAUACCUUAACAUCAAAAGUAUCAGAUUUUGGAGCUUCAAGGUCUAUUGCAAUAGAUGAGACAGGAAUACUUACAGUUGUCCAAGGAACCUAUGGUUACCUUGAUCCUGAAUACUACUACACUAGUCGACUCACGGAGAAAAGCGAUGUUUACAGCUUUGGUGUCAUCCUAGCAGAGCUACUCACAAGGGUGACACCAGUUUUUUCUUCUCAUUCAUCAGAAGGGACAAGCCUAGCAUCACAUUUUGUAUCGCAUAUAAGAAACAACCAAUUUUCAGAUAUUCUAGAUGCACAAAUUGUUGAGGAGGGAGGGGCUGAAGAUGCUGAGGUGGUUGCAAGACUCGCAGAAGCAUGCUUAAGUUUAAAAGGUGAAGAAAGGCCUACAAUGAGACAAGUGGAGACAGUACUUGAAGAUGUUCAUAACUCAACAGUCAAUAUUAGUUCUCAGAUCACAAGAGUGAACCGAAAUGCUAUAAAUGAUCAGCCAUACAAGGGAAAUAAAGGGGGAGAAGAAACUAGACUGUACAGCUUGGAAAAGGAGUUUAUCGAGUCAUCUGAAAUUCCAAGAUGA